AUGGUUGCGCUGUCGCAGUCCUUUGUUUAUCCGUUUAAAUUAGAAAAGAGAGCCGGUACGGGAAUGGGCAAGAGCUCUAGCUCAACGUCAGAAGAAGAUUGCGUCACCUGUUCGGGUACACCGAAAUGCCCGGUAUGUGACAACAACGAAGAGUGUGCAAUGACCACACAGACAUGUCGCGAGUGUCCGAAGACAUACUGUACAAAAUUAACAACUACGCUUACGUCUACGGGGACGGGAAACUCUUUGAAUUCAGCGAAAAUUGGAGGAAUCGCUGUAGGAUCGGUGAUCUUUGUGUUGUUGGUGAUUGGAGGGGUAGGAUUCCUUGUAUACAAGAAAUGGUGGUGUAAAAGGCGCCAGAACAAGGCGUACGGGGAUUAUUCUGGUAACACAGAAGAUGGCUGGAAGAACAAUAAUGGCAGCAAAAGGAUGUCCCAGGCAAGUUUCGCUACUACUGCAGCUACUUCGGUGCUUACAAAGGCUAGUAAUGUGUUGAACGUGGCGUAUAUUCCUGGAGUUAAGAUUCGUACGGGUAAAUCAUUAACUUCUGGAACUAAGGCAUCGAGUAUCUUCUCCAAGGAGACUUAUCUGAGUGGUAUCGAUGAUGCUUCGUUCCAUGCAGGUCAAGUGGCUUCCAAGGGCUCUACUCCACAUUUAGUGAGUAUCAGUAGGAACUCAUACCAAUACGGGGACGGUGAUAGUGAUACCUCUGGAGAGGUUCUUGGUAUAAAGGAUCUACAGAAUGACGUAAUUGUGGAAGAAGAAGAAGAAGAAGAGGAAGAAGAAGAUGCCAAUCAAGAACAAUCCAAGCCUGUCUAUCACAAGCCGAUUACGGGUUUUGCUCCUCUUAUAAUGAAACAUGUUCCAGAACCUCUUGAGUCGGAUUCUGGCUCGGAUUCUUUGUCCUGUUCCGAGGAUUCGGAUAGUGAUGAGGAGAAUAUCGAGCUGAUCACCAAGCAACUUCGCGAAAAUGGGGCUGUGAGUACAGCUUCGGGCUCCAUAAAGACUUUGCAUACUAACCGUAGCACAAAGUCAAUACAUACAACGCCUACAGGUAGUUCCAGCUCCCAUACUUUUGUUCCCAAGAAGGGUUUGAAUAUUCCACUCAAAAUUAUGAGAGCGAACUUCAGAAAGGGUCUAGAGGAUGGCAACAACGACGAUGAUGAUGUCCGAGUCGACGAUAACAACAACGAUAACAACAACCACGACAUGCUGCUAGAGGUUGAUUUCGGAGGAACAACAAAGAAAGAUGACGCUAAGAACCCAUUCAAUACCCCAUUCGACUAG